AUGAGUAACGAAAGCUCGGCUACGAAAUUUGUACUUCCUGCUAAUACAAGCAAUAGUACAUCAACAACACCUAAAUCAUCAUCAUCACCACCACCACCACCGUUAUCACUUCAUUGUGAUCAACAACAAAUAAAUAUCAAUGGAAAUGGAAUACUUAAUGAGGGAAAAUUAACAUCAAACAAUUAUCAAAAUGGUGUACUUUCUGAUCUUCAAACGACAUUCCAAGGUUCAUCAUGGAGUAAUAUUAUUGAUCCAUUGAGUGGUACAUCCGGUGAUCAUCCAUUUGAUGUACAUAAUGGUAAUCGAAUGUUUGAACCACAAACAACAUCACCAACACCUCUUAUGACAAUGCAACAACAAAUGUCUUAUCAACAAGCAAUACAAAGAAGACCAAUAACAGCAGCACAUAAUUUUCCAACACAAACUAUUCGUAGUGGUAAUGGUAUUCCAACAUUACCUAUAAAUGGACGAUGGAAUAGUCAAUCGCCAUCAAUUGGUCCACCACCGCAUAUACAACAACAACAACAACCUCAAUCACCAACAUGGAAUACAUCAUCAAUUCCACAUGGUUUUCCGGCAACAUCAUCUCGUCGUCCGGUACCAUCAUUAACAAAUCCAAAUAUUCCAAUGUCACAAACAAAAAAAGGACAAAAUAAUUUCUUUUCAUUUCUUCCACCAUCAACAAGUCAAAAUCCAACAUCAUUAAAUACAUUACGAUCAACAUCAAUAAUAAAUAAUUUUCUUACAACACAAAAUGGACAAUCAUCAUCAUCAUCACAAAUAAAUAAUGGCGAUAUUGGACAAAAUUUUGCACCGAUGAAUUCGAGUGAUGCAUAUGAUAUGAGUUCAUUCUAUCAAGCAAUGGAUAUGAUGCGCAAUGUUUCAAAUGAUGGAGUUAAACGUGUCUAUAGUGAAGAUAGUGGAAUGGGUAGCAUACUUGAUACAGAAAGUUUAAUGUCAGUUGGUGGUCCAUCAACAUCAUCAACAGCUUUAUUUAAUUCAUCAACACGUAUAAUGCCAAUAGAUAUGAAUAAAGAAGAACGUUUUUCACGUAAAGUUUUUGUUGGAGGUUUACCACCAGAUAUUGAUGAAGAGGAAAUUAUUGCACAUUUUCAAAGAUUUGGUCCAUUAGUUGUCGAUUGGCCACAUAAACAAGAAAGCAAAUCAUAUUUUCCUCCGAAAGGUUAUGCUUUUUUAAUAUUUACAUAUGAACGUUCAGUACAAGAAUUAAUUGAUGAAUGUGUUAUUGAUGAUUCAAAACUUUAUAUGUGUGUAUCAAGUCCAAGUAUGAAAGAUAAAGCUGUACAAAUACGUCCAUGGCUUUUAGCUGAUUCGGAUUUUGUUAUGGAUGGUACACAACCACUCGAUCCAAGAAAAACUAUUUUUGUCGGUGGUGUACCUCGACCAUUACGUGCUGUUGAAUUGGCAAUGAUAAUGGAUCGAUUGUAUGGCGGUGUUUGUUAUGCUGGUAUUGAUACAGAUCCGGAAUUAAAAUAUCCAAAAGGCGCUGGUCGUGUAGCUUUUUCAAAUCAACAAAGUUAUAUAGCUGCAAUAUCAGCUCGUUUUGUACAAUUACAACAUGGAGAUAUUGAUAAACGAGUUGAAGUUAAACCUUAUGUACUUGAUGAUCAAUUAUGCGACGAAUGUGCUGGCGCACGAUGUGGUGGAAAAUUUGCUCCAUUUUUUUGUGCAAAUGUAACAUGUUUACAAUAUUAUUGUGAAGCAUGUUGGGCAUCAAUACAUGCUCGGUCAGGUCGAGAAUAUCAUAAACCAUUGGUAAAAGAAGGCGCUGAUCGUCCACGCACAUUACCUUUUCGUUGGUAG